AUGUUGCUGUGCUUGGUCAGCUAUGCCAGUUUGGUGGCCACCAACGCCGCUCGCUUCCGCCUCCUUGCUGGUCCGGAUGUGAAGCUGAUGGAGAUGGGGCUCCGUCGUGCUCAGGGACCGGACGGCGCCCUUUCGGCCUCCAAAUACUCCUACAUCGGGGGCUUCGACUGCACCAGCAACAUCCUGGCGGGGAAGCUCUAUGGCAUCCCGGUGCGGGGCACCAUCGCCCACUCCUUCAUCAUGGCCUUCACCUCGCUGGAGGAGGUGCAGCCCCGGGAGCUGCCACCACAGGCAGGAGGAGAACCAGUGGAUCUCCCAGCCUUGGCCGAAUCGUGGCUGGGGCGGGUGUGCGAGGUGCUGCAGACCCCCCCUGAGAAGGCAAACCGGGGCGAGCUGGCGGCCUUCGUGUCCUACGCCGUCACCUUCCCGUGUGACUUCCAGGGGCUGCUGGACACGUACUGUGUCAGGAGGAGCGGUUUGCCAAAUUUCUGUGCCGUGGCACUGGCCCUGAACCAGUUGGGCUACCGGGCCAUCGGGGUGCGCCUGGACAGCGGGGACCUGGCCCAGCAGUCCAAGGAGAUCCGCCGGGCGCUGCGAGCCUGUGGUGCUCACUUCCAGGUGCCCUGGUUUGAGACCAUCCCCAUCGCCGUCAGCAACGACAUCAGCGAGCAGAGCCUGGAGGAGUUCAGCCAGGAGGGGAGCGAGAUUGACAUGAUCGGCGUCGGGACGAACCUGGUGACGUGUCCCCUGCAGCCGUCGCUGGGCUGUGUUUACAAGCUGGUGGAAGUCAAUGGCUCCCCGUGCCUGAAGCUCACAGAAGAUGAGGAGAAGAUGACGAUCCCAGGGACGAAGACGAUUUAUCGGCUCUAUGACGCUGAUGGUCACCCCUUCAUGGACCUCAUGGCCCUGGAGGAGGAGCCUUCACCCGUUGCGGGGCAGGAGCUGGAGAUCCACGUCCUGGGGCAGCUUGGUGAGAGCAGCAAGGUGAUGCCCACCACUGUGGAGCCCCUCCAUCGCACCUACUUCAGAGAUGGCCAGGUGUGUGAGCCACUGCCCAGCCUGCCGGAGGUGAGGAGCCACGCACAGGCGUCCCUCAGCCAGCUCAGCCCUGCUCACCGCCGGCUCCGUGAGCCCCAGCCCUACCCGGUGGCUGUGACGGAGAAGCUGCACCACCUCUUCACCAAGCUGCAGGAGGCCAACCAGUGA